UACGGGGUUGUCUUUUCAUUCGCAUCCGAGUGCACGUGUGACGCGCGUUCUCCGCCGGUCGACGUAAACAUACUCGUAAUUGUUUCGGGUUCUCCGCACACAUAGCGACAAAUAGAGGACUACAUUACUGUACAACCGACAUUCAGUUUUUUCGAUUUUUCCGUCAGCGCAAGGAAAAUUCCGAGAAGUCCUAAACCGGAUCUGGUAUAUACUACGCACCUGCCAUCAUCGUUAUUAUACGCACGCCCCAGUCGUCGUAUACGUAAUAGUUGCAAGCCGGCAGAAGUCGUACAUCGCAUACAUACCGUUUCCGCCUGUUGUCGAUUUCGAGAGGAAAUCUAGUAGCCUGUGAAAACCGUUUCCGAUCCGUCAGAAACGAUCCACUAUACGGCUAUUUUGUAACUCUUGCCACAGCAGAGUAAAAAAAAACCACUCAAACGAAACUAGACGAGUUGUCGACCCGCGAUCAAGCCGAGACAUCAGCUUUGACCGUUAUUGUUAUUUUUCUUUUAUCCGCCGAUAAAAUCGAUUUCGUCGCGCACCGCGAUAUUUCUUGGUGAUCAUUUACACUGGAGUUUGGAGCUUACGGCGUUUUGUUACACAGUUUUGGUAAAGUCAACACCGAGAAACCAAAAUCAGAUACAAUGGCAGUAGCAGCAGCCCAAAAGAGUCGAGAGAUGUUCGCCAUCAACAAGUCAUACAGCAUUGAGAACGGAUAUCCAGCAAGGAGACGUUCUCUCGUAGACGAUGCCAGAUUCGAGACGAUCGUCGUGAAGCAGACCAAACAGUCUGUGUUAGAAGAAGCCCGGCAAUUAGCUAACGACGCUUCUUUAGCGACCGACGCAGCCGUAGCGCAUUUCGCCAGCCAACUUCAACGUCAACACCAAGCUCAAAUUAACGAUCAAUACGACGAUCAAGUUUUUGAAUCUGAAGGAAAAUCUAUUGAUCACGAUCACGAAAAUGAAGUAGAAUCAUCCGAAUCAUCUGAAUUAUCAUCCGACAAUGAAGACUCAGAUGCUGGACUUACCGAAGAAGAAAUGCUAUUGGAGAAGGCAGCAAGCGAAGACAAAGAUGCGGAGAUGGCUAUACAAAGAGCUACUCUGGUAUUGCGUCUGCGCGAAGGUAUCAAUUCACUCGCCCGGAUAUUGAAAGUAAUCGAAAACGGAAAAGGCAAUGUCGUCCAUUUAGAGUCAAGGCCGUCUAAGGAACAAGGAGUUCAAUUUGACAUUUUGGCCAAAGUGGAUAUGACGAGAAAAGAUCUAUUAGCAUUAAUGAAGAUACUCAGACAAAGCUCUACAUUGGCAAGCAUUACGAUUCUAGCCGAAGACAACAUCAACGUCAAGAACCCGUGGUUCCCGAGACACGCCCGUGACUUGGACAACUGCAACCACUUGAAGACCAAAUACGAUCCGGAAUUGGACAUGAACCAUCCCGGAUUCUCCGACAAAGUGUACCGCGCCCGCAGGAAGGAAAUUGUCAACAUUGCAUUCGAUUAUAAAUUUGGUGACUUGAUCCCAGUUAUUGAAUAUACUGCUGACGAAAUCGAUACAUGGAACGCGGUUUUCAACAACGUUUUGGACCUGAUGCCCAAACACUUCUGCAUGGAAUACAGAAACGCUUUUAAGAUGUUGCAAGACGACAACUUAUUCACUGUGGACAAGAUCCCGCAACUCAGGGACAUGAACGAAUUCUUGAAGAAGCACACUGGAUUCACUCUCCGGCCAGCGGCUGGUUUGUUGACGGCCCGUGACUUCCUCGCCAGCCUCGCGUUCCGUGUGUUCCAAAGUACGCAGUACAUUCGUCAUAACAAAUCACCAUUCCACACACCUGAACCGGAUUACAUCCACGAAGUCCUCGGUCACAUGCCUUUAUUAGCCGAUCCGAACUUUGCUCAGUUCUCACAAGAACUCGGUUUAGCAUCUCUUGGAGCUUCUGACGAAGAAAUUGAAAAACUGUCAACUGUUUAUUGGUUCACGAUCGAAUUCGGUCUCUGCAAGGAACAUGGCGAAGUGAAGGCCUACGGUGCAGGACUGCUAUCCGCUUACGGUGAACUUUUGCACGCUGUUUCUGGCAAACCCGAACUCCGACCAUUCGAACCAUCAAUAACAGCUGUCCAACCAUACCAAGAUCAAGAAUACCAGCCAAUUUAUUUCGUCGCUGAAAGUUUCGAAGAUGCCAAGGACAAAUUCAGGAAAUGGGUUUCAUCUAUGUCACGACCAUUCGAAGUCCGUUAUAACCCACACACCCAAAGAGCAGAAAUUUUAGACUCAGUUGAUCAGCUCAACAACCUAAUGACACAAUUGAACUUGGAAAUGUUACAUCUAAAUACCGCACUGAACAAGUUGAAAAUGAGAUCCGGUUAAAUUGACUAAAUUCUCCCGGACGCAUGCAAAUAUAUUUACCAUUUAUUCAUUUUUUUCCACUAAAAAAAAAUGUAAUACUUAUCUAUUACUUAUAUAUUUAUUUACAUAUAAUUUAUAUAUAUAUAUAUAGUUUAUAAUAUUAUUGUAUGUCUUCGGCGUGUUUCUAGUCACCGGUGACGAUGGGACAACUUUUUGUUUUUUCUACCGGCAAGAUCUCUCGGAAAUAAUAUUUUUAUUUAUUACAUUUUGCUCAUGCUUCAUACACUUUAAUUAAUAGAUACCACACAUUCAUGACCCCUAGUUAUGUGUGCGUGUAAAAUAUCAUAUUUUGAAGUACUCACAAAUAAUUAUUGUAGUUGAAUAUUGAAAAUAUUGUAAACUUUUACAUCGACUUAAUUUGGCAAUUUUAAUCAUCUACUCUUCCUAAUAAUGUUUAUUUAGCAUUAAACUAAACUUAAACACACUUAUCAUAGUAUUUAUAGUUUAUAAAUUUAA